GCUUGCUUGUAGGGUAGACGAAAUGACUCUCUGCGGCCGUCUUGCUUUAGUGACUGGAGGCACUAGUGGCAUCGGUGAGGCCAUCUGCCACGCUCUCGCCGCUGAAGGAGCAACGGUGAUCGUCGCUGGCAGACGACUCGAUGUCGCCAGGAAAGUGGUCCAGUCUCUGCCAGGUGAAGCGAAACACACGGCACUAUACUUGGAUAUCGGCGACGCUUCCUCUGUUGAGAAGCUCUUCAACAGCAUCCGCCACGCAUCUGCACUGCCUCUCAGCAUCGUCGUCAACAGCGCCGGGAUUCAUGUUGCGGUGCCUCUCGUCGACUGCACAGACGAACUGUUUGACGACAUCAUGAGGAUCAAUUUGAAGGGCGCAUUCCUGGUGACCCGCGCUGCUGGCCGCGAGAUGAUUCGUACAGCAAAGGAGCUGCACGAAGGAGGCGCAUCGAUCGUGAAUAUAUCCACCAUCGCGGCCAAGGGCGGCUGGUUGAACGCUUCGGCGCACGCCGCUUCGAAGGCCGGCGUCAUUGCGCUCACCAAGUCUGCGGCGCAGGAACUGGCAGAGCACGGCAUCCGCUGCAACACAGUGCUUCCUGGGUGGACCGAUACACCCAUGACAGCGUCUCUGCCCGACGAACAAAAGGCCGCUGUCUGCUCAAUGGCGGCUCUCAAGAGGGCCGCUCAUUCUCGCGAGAUCGCUGAGGCCGUCAAGUUCCUCUGCUCACCCACGGCUAGCUCAUACGUAACGGGAGCCGCGCUAGAAGUCGCCGGUGGGCUGAAAAUGUGAUUUUCUGUCUAAGCAGUGGUUUAGUUCCGUUUACUCAAGGAUUCAGGCAAGCGAGAGCUGCGCCACCUUUGCUCGACCCUAGCGUGCAUGUGCGAGUAGCGAGCGAGAAACGGGGGACGGAAAAGGGGGCAGGGGGACUUUUGCAUUUCGAAAUCUACCUUUGCCUAUAAGCACUGCACACGAGGGCAUGCUUCCUUCUAUUUGGCCCUACUCGAUGGUCAUGCAAACUGCACGAGAACAGUAGCUUAAAUUGCGUCCAGACGAGAUUACAGCGGCCGAUGCAAAGUCCGUAAUGGCGAGGCAUACAACACAACUGAUUCGCACUAACAGCGAGUCAUUAUUCCCUGGUCUGUAGCCGCUAAAGCGGCGUCUUUCUAACACAUCAACCCGCGCUGCACGUGGGGUCGUUCCGCUCCCCUUUACGGUAACACGUUAUUACUGAGACCCACUUAGCCACUUACUUAGAGGCCAGUAAAGAACUAAUGAGAAAGAAAUAUACAUAACCACUGCCAUAUAGGAAUAACAUUGGAUCGAUGUCAUCACCAUUAAGCUAUCUGGUUCAAUUUCCAUCGACGAGAGACUUUCCAAGACUUCUUAAAAUAAAUUCGUUAGGUUAAGAAAAGAAAA